CCCCCACCCCAGCCCCCCGCCCCGUCCUCCCCCUGGAUCCUCACCCUACUCACCUCACCCCACCCCACCCCCCCGCUCCCCCCCACCCGCCACCACCUUUAAGCUAUGGAGACUCAGAGGGAGGCCCUGGCCUCCUUUAGCAAGACCCUGUCCCCACCCUUUCCUGGACUACCUGGGUUGUGACAAGAUAUAAAAGUGCUGUUUCCUGGGAGAAAGAGCGGGAGCGAGCAUUCCCACCACCCGGACCAUGAGCCCUGCCCUGCUGCUGGCCCUUCUGGGCAUCACCCUCGCCCUGCCCGGAGCGAGGGCCUUGAACUGCCACUCGGGGGUAAUAGAGACCAUAAGGAAUGCAUCGGAACAGCCCUUUUCGUGGACGACUUCCCAAGAGAACUGUGGGGAAGGUUUGGGCUGCCAGGAAAUGGUGUUCAUCACCCAGAACGACCCCCUCCUGUACCUGGUGCUCAUCAAGGGCUGCACCCAGGCAGCCAAUCAGGAGGCCCGCGUCACCAAGCACAGGACAGGCCCUGGCCUGUCCAUCAUCUCCUACACCCGGGUAUGCCGGGAGAAUCUGUGCAACGGUCUCAGCACCAGCCUCCCUCUCUGGACCCCGCUCCCACCCACAGUCCCAGGUUCUGUGCGGUGUCCAGUCUGCUUGUCUGGAAAUGACUGUCUGUCGGCCCAAGAGAUGACCUGCCCAGCCGAGAGCUCACACUGCUACAAUGGGGUCCUCCAGCUCACUGCCGGGAGCGGCACCAGCAGACUGAAAGUCCAAGGAUGCAUUUCUCAAGCAGGCUGCAACCUGCUGAGUGGGACCCAGGAAGUCGGGCCAAUCAGCCUGUGGGAGACUUGCAUUCCUAAAGGUGUUCUGACCUGUUAUAGGGGGGUCAUGCUGCAGAUGUCUCCAAACCUGAGCCAGAAGCCUGUCGACUGGUCCACGACUACGGAGCAGCAGUGUAACCCUGGGGAGGUGUGUCAGGAGACCCUUCUGCUCAUAGAUGUAGGAUCCAGGUCGAUCCUGCUGGGGAGCAAAGGCUGCAGCCAGGUCAAUAUCCAGGGUGCCUUCAUGCACUCGAGUCCCCCUGGAGUGCUGGUCGCCUCCUAUGCCCGGGUCUGCUCCUCCAACUACUGCAACUCGGCUGCCAGCAGCAGCGUCCUGGUCAAUGCCCUCCCUCUUCCAGCCGCCCCGGCCCCAGGACACCUGCAAUGUCCCGUCUGUCUGGCCCUUGGAUCCUGCUCACAAAGCUCUAACGUGAUGUGUCCUGAGGGCACCAGUCACUGUUACAAGGGUCAGAUUUUUCUCCAGGGAGGUGGGUUGACCUCCCCACUGGACAUCCAGGGCUGCGUGGCCCGCCCUUCCAGCACCUUAUUGGGUCGUAGGCAGACUAUCGGGGUCUUCACUGUGACUGAGACCCGUGAGGGUGGCACUGAGGUGGACUGACCUCUAAUCUCAAGUGGAGCUGCCCCUGGCCUUUCCCUGGCUUGGGCAGUGGGGCAGGCCCUAGCCCUUUGGUGUGGGGCACCCUCCCUGCUGACCUUGUUCCCCCAUGAUCCUUAGCUCCUGUUGACUCCCCACGCCCCACCUCUCCCUCUGACCUCAUAACUCAACAGCCUUGGACACUGAAUCAUGCCCCAGUCCUCAUCACCACCCCCUCCACCACCACACACACACACAUACACACACGCACACUAUCUGACCUGGUGACAGCAUAUGGAAGGGCCUGAGAACAGCUGAACUGAUCCUCUGGGAGGAGGGACAUUCAACCAGUGGCCACCUGUGUGUGAUAAUAAAGACAUUGUCCUUUUGCCACA